UGAGCACCACAAAAAAAUAGCUACGUGAGUUCUUGUUUCUCUAUACGUAUGCAUGCAUCAAGUCUUAGGAGUAACUUCAAUUCGAGCUCCAUUAUGCUUUGAAAAACUAAAGCUACGUACGUAAUUGUUUUUCUUUCAAAGCAUUUCCAACAUUUGGUAUCAGAGCCAUGACCGGUGAAGGUUCGCGCACUCCGUCACGCUCGCCAGUACGACGUGGGCGGAGCCCGACGCGGCGAGGCGGCCGCGAGGUGGUGGUACAGCAACGUGUCGUCCACCAGGCCAGCAGCACCGUUGUCUACCCGACGUUGACGACGACGAACUAUUUCGAGUGGGCGCUCAUCAUGAAGGUGAACAUGGAGGCCCAAGGCGUGUGGGACGCUGUCGAGGGUGGCGGGAGCUUUAGCGAGGAUAGGGUGGCGCUAGCGGCAAUUCUGCGAGCCGUGCCACCGGAGAUGCUCUCCACGCUUGCCGUGAAGGCGACGGCAAAAGAGGCAUGGGACUCCAUCAAGACCAUGCGUGUGGGCGAUGAACGUGUCCGUGAGGCCAAGGCACAAACUCUACUCAAGGAAUUUGAUUCUGUUCGCAUGCGGAGCGGUGAGACGAUCGACGACCUCGCCAUGCGCAUGAACGGACUCGCCAACAAGAUUCGCACCCUCGGUGAGACCUUCGAGGAGGUGAAGGUCGUGAAGAAACUUCUUCGAAUCGUGCCAUCCAAGUACACCCAGGUAGCUAUUGCAAUUGAGCAACUUAUGGAUUUUAAAACCAUGUCCAUGGAGGAGCUUGCGGGAAGGCUAAAAACAAUGGAGGAUAGGAGUGAUGCUGACGACGUCGCCGACAACAAUGACCAUGGGGGUGGAGGUCAAUUGCUCCUCACGGAGGAGGAGUGGCUUUCUCGCUACCGUGGCCGGACCGGCAAGAAGAAAAGUACGUUUGACAUUCGUAAGGUUCGGUGUUACAAUUGUCAAGAGUAUGGGCAUUUCUCCAAGGAUUGCACCGCACCAAGGAAGGAGCAAGCACAUCUCGCCGUCAUGACCGACGACGACGAGCCGGCGCUGCUGUGAUGGUCUGCGAGGAGUUCAAAAUAAAUGAAAACAAAGUUAAGGGGGUGAUUGUUGGAGUUAACCUUGUUGUUUAUAAUUUCGUCAUGUUUAAUUUAGUUUAUUUGGAGUCUUUGAUGCAUUUUGGACUAGAGUGUUAGUGCACGGCGGGAUGAGUCAUGCCAAGUAGUGUGCGUCGUGUGACACCGUGCAUAUGUUGUAGCGGUACUGAAGUGUGUGUGUGUGCCAUUGCAUUAGUGUUAGUCUAAUUUGGGUCAAUUAGUUAAGUUGGUCAAUUAAGUUAUUCACAUGCAUGUAAAUAGUUUGGGUACGCAUGCAUGGAGGUUGUGGAGUGAGUGGGUCUCAUUGUGGAGUGGUGUAACUACUUUGUACGUGGGAUGUUUUCUUUGUUUAUAAAUUGAAAAUGUGUGCGUCAAAGUCAUGUGGCUUUGAGCACCACAAAAAAAUAGCUACGUGAGUUCUUGUUUCUCUAUACGUAUGCAUGCAUUAAGUCUUAGGAGUAACUUCAAUUCGAGCUCCAUUAUGCUUUGAAAAACUAAAGCUACGUACGUAAUUGUUUUUCUUUCAAAGCAUUUCCAACAAACUCCGGCAAGCUUGUUCUCCGUCGUUUCACGAUCGUUUUCAACGAUUCUUUCACCGUUGGAUUCCUCUCGAGAAGGGGAAGGUCUCUAUGGUGUUUUCAUGGCUCGGUUUUGACUAAAACGAAGGGUCGAAAUUUGUGUAUAUGUAUAUAUAUAUGUGUGUGUAUAUAUAUAUACCGCAGGUUUGGGGAUGAAGAGAGUUGAAGGUCUGUUCUUGCUUAUUUAUACUAUGAGGUUGGAGGUUGUAGCUACGAACAACCCAUGUGAGUGUAGGUUAGUUGGCGAUGGGCUUGACUUUAACAUAUACAUGUGCGUGAAUGUGUAUUUUUUUUUUGUUUGUAUACAUUAUUGUUACUCCUUGUACUAAUGUGAUCCCAUGGUUAGUACGCAUGCAUGUGAAUGUGUUGGCAUGCAUGUGAAUGUGUACACUUCUUUAUAUCAUUCUCCAAUAUUAUUACCAUCUAUUAUUAUCUACGUA